AUGCUGCCGGAGUCCCUCUGCCAGCAGAUGGCCCUGUCACCCAGCCCACUGCUGAUCCACCCGGAGAGACGAGGCUGCUCAUCACAGAAAUCACAUCGCAUUACAGUCCGCUUCCACCAGUUUCGCAGAUUGCUUGCCUUGCAUUUGAUAAAGCACGAUCAGGGUAAGCAGAGCACUGGUACACUGUGCCCAGCAUGCUGCUACUAUGGCUGCUGCAGAAUAUCAGUGUCCUCCUUGCCACCAGGAGGAAUGACCAAGUCUCUUCAAUGUACAGGGCCACCUGGCCAGGCGGGUGACUUCUUCCCCGGGGUAGCCGCAGCGCGCAGCGGUGACAGCAGUGCCCAGCCAGAAGGAGUGCACGCCGUAGUGCUGCGGACACCGCCCCAGCCGGCGCAGGGCGCAGCGCAGCACGGCCAGGAACUCCCGCCUCGUCACACACCGCAAGUCCGAGUGCACGAAGAGCGGCCCCUCCAGCCGCGAACGCGCCGCCAAGUAGCUCCGCAGGGCCAGGACUGGGCACACCCAGGGCUCUCCAGACAGCGCCAGGCUGAUGACGUGUCUCUCGUGGGCCACAGGAGAAUAAGGCAGGAAAAGCAGCACUUUCCUCUCCAUCAGCCGGAGAUCACUGAGGUACAGCAGCUCAGGCUGCAGUACAUUACGGUGCUUCGCCACUAUCUCUCCUAUUCGAACCUCAAGCAAGAACCCGAGCAGAACCCAGGGGCUGCCCGGCAGUGGGCACGGCCGGCCCGGCCCGCACUUACCUCUCCGCGAAUCCUCCGGGCUGCGCGGCGGGGCGGUGACUGCGUGCCCGGCCAGGCUCAGCCGCAGCCACUCCAUGCCCGGCUCCCGGGCCAGCAGCGCCAGCAUGUCCCAGAAGAGCGCGGCCGGGGCGCGGGCAGCGCAGGCCAUGCCAGCAGCACGAGCAGCGGCACCGCCGCACGGAGAGUGCCAGAGCCGAGCCCCGGGCACGCUUUUAUGGCCGGGGGGGCGCCCGCAGAGCCCUCCCCCGAACAGCCCCGGAGGUCAGGAGCGAUGCGGGAGGAGGAUGGGGAAGCUGGGCGCGCCCGGGAACUGGAAGAUAAGCUCAGCCAGGUUCCUGAGAAGCAUUCCCUGGGCCCUUGGCCCCUGAAGACCCUGCUGUUACUGGAGGACUCGAGAGAGAGCCACUUAUGGCAAGCCUACCAUGAAGGCCUGAAAAACUUUCUUUCCUUUAGAAAAGGCAUGGCUCUGUCUGCAGUCUGGCCAAUUCCAGUUGAACAAAUUAGAGAGUUUCUCGUCGCCAUGGAGUGCCAGGGUCUGCCUCCCACAAACAUAAUAAUGUACAUGGAAGGACUGUCCUUCAUCUCCAGAAUGGCAGAUCAUCCUGAUCCUCUUCCAGAUCCUCUUAUCUCUUUCAUGAUGUCGAGGCUGAAAUGCAGGACUCGCCGUUCAAAUGAUGAGAACUCUCCUGUAACAAUUGAAGUGUUAAGAUCUCUCCUGGGAACUCUGGAGUCUGUGUGUAGCUCUCCUUAUGAGUGUAUGUUGUUCCGUGCCAUUUUUACUGUAGCUUUUUUUGGUGUACUCCAUAUAGAAGAGAUGGUGGCAAAUCACCAAAAUAUAGCACAGCCAGACCUGCUGUGCUUGAGUGACCUCCAGCUGACAGAAGAAAGUGCAACCCUUUUUCUGCAUUCAUCUCAUACGGGCCAACAGAGGUGCUCGAUCCAGCUGAGAUUAUGUGAAGAGUUGUGGGUGUGUCCUGUUGAAGCUCUCCGUAUCUACACGGCAGCACGGCCGCGAGGAGAGGGCCCUCUCUUUGUGCACCCAAACAGCACGGCCGUGACAAGGAGGGAGUUCCUCACUGUCUUCUGCUUAGGUCUUAGGUUUGCUGGACUUCCUCCAGACCAGUAUGGGGUGCAUUCCUUCUGGCUGAGGAACCCUAACAGGAGUAUUUCAUGGGUAUUUCCACAAAGUGAUUAUUAGAAUGGCAAGGUGGUGGUGGUGGUGAAGAUUCUGAAAAAGACAUAUUUCUGUCUAUCUGUUGCACUUUUAUAGAAGAGGGUAUCUUCUGCAAUGCACAAAUUUUAUACUUUAUACAGACUAAAAUUUCAGUACUCUGUAAAGUGGGAGAGAAGGAGAAGAACAAGUGGAAAGUGACUUCACACCUGUGGUGGUUUGGGAAUGAAGUGUCAUGGUUUUAAAACUGGGGCUUGUGGGGCAGGCACGUGGUGUUCAGCAUGUUUGUUCUAAUUGCAUUUUGACCUUGUGUAAUCUUACAUUAAAGG